UCCAGAUAACAGAGAGAUGUACCUCGAGUGACCAGUGUAAAGAAAACCUGACCUGUAUGGAGGGAAUGUGUCGCUGUAUGACAACACAGUUUUACAACACGUCCACAGAGCUGUGUCAAGCAAGGCGGGGAAAAGACUCGCUAUGUACAGACACAGAACAGUGCCACCCGACAUUGACCUGCGACCUUGACCUCUGUGUGUGUUUAGUCACUGAGUACUACGACAACAGCACGGACGUGUGUGUUACCAGAUUCGGGCUAGAAGACACCUGUACAUCCAGCAGUCAAUGCCAGACUAGCCUCACCUGCAUCAGCGACAGGUGCAACUGUAAAAGGUCUGAGUACUACAACUACACUUCAUCCACCUGUGUCGCAAAGGAGGAGUCCUUCUGGCUGUUUACGUUUGGCUUCUAUCACUACCUGGGUCUAGGUGUCACCCUGCUUUCAUUAACCGUCAUCAUAACUUUGUGUGUAUAUUUCAUCAACAAGAAAACUGUCUACAUUGUUGACGAAGAUGCAGAGCUCAGCGACAAUUGCUAUAAAAAUAUGACGCUUCGCUCCCUACAAGUUGAUGAUGGGGAUUAUAAGGGCUACAACUCUUCUUGCCCAGAAAACUUAGACAAAAAGUCUUCCUCGUUUCAAGAUGUUAUGAAUUGCAUGACGUCAUUUUCCUUUGUAAAUGGAGACCCACCUGUAAAUGGAGACCCACCUGUGAAUGGAGACUCAUCUGUGAAUGGUGACCCACCUGUAAAUGGAGACUCCCUUGUAAAUGGUGACCCACCUGUGAAUAGAGACUCACCUGUAAAUGGUGACCCACCUGUGAAUAGAGACUCACCUGUGAUUGGUGACUUACCUGUGAUUGUAGACUCACCUAUAAAUUGGGACUUGCCUGUAAAUUGGGACUUACCUGAAAGCGGAUAUUCAACGGUGAAUAGGGAAUCGCCUAUCAAUUUGGGCGCACCUGUUAAUGGGGACUUAACUGUACAUGGGGACCCACCUGUCAAUGCAGACUUACUGUGAAUGGGGACUUACCUUUAAAUGGGGGCUCUCCUGUAAAUGGGGACUUACCUAUCAAUUUAGAUUUACCUAUCAAUGUAGACUUACCUAUCAACGUAGACUUACCUGUGAAAGGGGGCUCACCUGUAAAUAGGUACUUACCUAUGAAUGGAGAGGAUCCAACUUUAAAUGGGGACUUACCAGAAAAUGGGGACUCACCGUUCAAUAUAGCUUUAAAAACCGAAGAGUUACCAGAGAAAUAAAACAUGCCUUUCUUUAACCUUCCCGCUUUAAAAUUAAUGUCCUCGUUGCAUGAUUGUUCUAUUACUGCCCAUUGCUGCGGUUUAAAGCUACACCAGCAGUAGUGGACGUAGUGGUGGAUACUGUUUUUAAUUUUUCAGUUAUGUUAUUUAUACUAAAUGUAAUUUU